AUGCGCAAGGGGGCGGGCCCCGGACGUCAGCGUAACCCCGCCUCCGUCCUGCCGCCGCCAUUUUUUUCAGAGACUUUCAUCCGGCCACGGACGGGGGCUUUUUUUUUUCUUAAAGGAGAAGCGACAGCUCAAAAAAUUCUGCCCGUCUUCCCAGACUUGGCGGAGCUGGGGACGGAAAGACCAAAGACAGGAAAGUGGGGUCCAGUUGGAGGCGGAAGGGCAUCCGGCCGUGAAGGAAGAGUAGAAAACCCCGCGGGCAGUCGCCGCUCCGUAGGGCAGCGGGUGCGCGCGCAGCCGGUGCAGGGUGCGCGCAAGGCGGGGAACGAGCGUCGGCGGAGGAGCAGCCCCAGCGCCAGGCCUCCCGACGGCCCCGGGCAGCCGGCCCAGGCCGCGAAGCCCCCGUCGCCCGUGCAGGGCAAGAAGAGCCCGCGGCUCCAAUGCAUAGAAAAAAUAACUGGUAAAGAUCCCAAAGAAGAGAAAGAAGACAAGUCUAUCCUUCCUCAGGAAGUUUCCACUGCUACAACUAGACCUAGCCGGGGCUGGCGCAGUAGUAGUAGGACAUCUGUCUCUCGCCUUCGGGACACCGAGAAUACCCGAAGCUCUCGGUCCAAGACUGGAUCACUGCAGCUCAUCUGCAAGUCAGAGCCAAUUACAGAUCAGCUUGACUAUGAAGUUUCAGAAGAACAUCAAUCUCCUGGUGGCAUUAGUAGUGAUGAGGAAGAAGAGGAAGAAGAGAUGUUAAUCAGUGAAGAGGAAAUACCAUUCAAAGAUGACCCAAGAGAUGAGACCUACAAACCCCACUUAGAAAGGGAAACCCCAAAACCACGGAGGAAAUCAGGGAAGGUAAAAGAAGAGAAGGAAAAGAAGGAAAUUAAAGUGGAAGUAGAAGUAGAGGUAAAAGAAGAAGAGAAUGAAAUUAGAGAAGAUGAGGAACCUCCUAGGAAGAGAGGAAGAAGACGAAAAGAUGACAAAAGUCCACGGUUACCAAAAAGAAGAAAAAAACCUCCAAUCCAGUAUGUUCGUUGUGAGAUGGAAGGAUGUGGAACUGUUCUUGCUCACCCUCGUUAUUUGCAACACCACAUAAAAUACCAGCACUUGCUGAAGAAGAAAUAUGUGUGUCCCCAUCCCUCCUGUGGACGACUUUUCAGGCUCCAAAAGCAACUUCUACGGCAUGCAAAACAUCAUACAGAUCAAAGGGAUUAUAUUUGUGAAUAUUGUGCUCGGGCCUUCAAGAGUUCCCACAAUCUGGCAGUACACCGGAUGAUUCAUACGGGCGAGAAGCCACUACAAUGUGAGAUCUGUGGAUUUACUUGUCGACAAAAGGCGUCCCUUAAUUGGCACAUGAAAAAACACGAUGCAGACUCCUUCUACCAGUUUUCUUGCAAUAUCUGUGGCAAAAAAUUUGAGAAGAAGGACAGCGUAGUGGCACACAAAGCAAAAAGCCACCCUGAGGUGCUGAUUGCAGAAGCUCUGGCUGCCAAUGCAGGCGCCCUCAUCACCAGCACAGAUAUCUUGGGCACUAACCCAGAGUCCCUGGCACAACCUGCAGAUAGUCAGGGACUUUCUCUUCUUCCUGAGCCCUUGGGAAACUCAACUGCAGGAGAGUGCCUGCUGCUAGAAGCUGAAGGGAUGUCCAAGUCGUACUGCAGUGGGACGGAGCGGGUGAGCCUCAUGGCUGAUGGGAAGAUCUUUGUGGGAAGUGGCAGCGGCGGGGGCACUGAAGGGCUGGUCAUGAACUCAGAUAUACUCGGUGCUACCACAGAGGUUCUGAUUGAAGAUUCAGACUCUACCGGACCUUAGUGGAAAGGAAGACUUUGGGCACUGGGACAGUUCAGACUUUGUAUUUAAAACAUAAAAAGGACAAAAAAAAAACAAAACAAAAAACAAACAAAAAAACACCCAACAAUUUAAAGCAUUUAAAAUCUAGUAAAAUAACUGAAGGGCCUGCUCUUUCCAUUGUGUAUCACAGCACAUACACCCAUCCCCUGGAUCUCUCUCUUGUCUCCCCUAAAAAUAUUGAUGUUGCCUUUCCCACAAAGGUAGAUGAAAAAGAAGCAAUCCUCAUAUUCAGUUCUGGCCAGUGGCAGACUUCCUACUCAUCAACAGAUCCCCUUCUCAAACCUGUAACUGAUGUGCUCUGGAUCAGCUCUUAAUUCUUAAUAGUAUAUUACUGUUUUCUAAAUCCUUUCUCCUCUACUGCUGCCCUAUAGUUCUGGCUUCUCCCCACUGCAACACACAUAUCCUCAAAUAGUAUAUAAUUCUAAUCUUUGGAGGCUGGCAGCUUAGCUUGACUUGGCACUUUAGGGCCCCCUUUGCCAUAUGUGUUGUUAAAACACACAUCUGUCUAUCCCCUCUUCCUCUUUUCCCCUUAGGUUUGGAAGGAAAAAUACAUGGGGACCAUACCGUCUCUAAUCCCAGCACCUCAUUCCCCUUCCCCAAGCUCCUUAUGGCUCUUCUGGUGCUCACUUGCUUAGAAGCAGGCUCCCAAAAGGAGUAGGCUGCCAUCUACAGUCUCUGGCUGUACAGUAGUGCUCUAGAUCAGUGAGAAAAGUCCCAGGCUAAUGGCAAAAAUUUGCACUUUGAACAUGUGUGUUUUUUUGUGUUGUGGAACCUGAGAUUCCUUAUUUAUUAAUGGAAAGUCUGAUUUUUUUGGGGAGGGUCUUUGUCUAUAUUUGGGGGGCUGGGCGAGAUUAUUCUGACAUGGGAUCCUUCCACAAGAGGUACUUUAAAGGCAAAGCAUAGGGUUGAAGAAGCACAGCCAGCCUCUGAAAUCAGCUCUCCAGUGGCCUUAAAAGAUAGCUGGUCCUCCCCACUAACAAAAUCACUACAGUAGUCUAGUGCUUUUUUUGGAAGCCUUUAUAGGGAACGAUGAUAGGUUUGUGAUAACUAGUAUGCUCUUGACAUUUUUGCAGAGCACUAAGAUUUAGGAAUGUUGAGAGGAUGAGAAGAGUGUUUUCAGAGUCUGAAUUACAGAUAGGUUUUCUCUUGUGCAUUUACUUCUUUUGUCCCCAUCAUUUCCUUACAUAUACCUCCCUACCAGCCUCACUCUGGCCUCAUUUUGUUUUCUCUCUUGCUAUUCCAGCUCCAUAUUAGUGGAGGACUCUUGUCAUAGUGAAGGAACAAAGUCAGGAAUUUCAAAGUUGAAGAGAACUUCUCUGCUUUGUUUUCCUUUUAAUAAUCCUCAGAAGAGAAAAGGCUUCAAUAAACAAAGUUGAUGAUGUAAUGGCUUUGUCGUUAACCUAAGUUAUUACUUCUUUAAGUAAGGGAUUUCAUAUGCUAUGUAUUGUUUAUUACUGCCAGUGGGAGACACAGGUAGUUUUUACUUUUAUUUUUCUAUUGAUAACUCAGAAGAUGGAAAAUUUAUUUGGGCUGAUUUUUAGAAAAUUAAAAGGACAGUUCCUAUACUGGAACCUCAGAAGCUAGAACUAAAGGCUUCCCCUAUUCAUUGUCCAUUGUCGCAAGUGUAUGAUGGCUGUUGGAAAGAAUGGAGUUUUCUGAGAACAAAAUAAGGAACAGUUUGUCUCCCAAACACUAAAACUACAAAGUUUAUCAUUUUUUUCUUUAUUUUUCCCCUCAAAAGAAGAAUAACAAAAUGUCAUCUCUGAAAGAGGCUUACUGUACACCCACUAGUGUCAGUGGUUGGAUGCCAGAGAAUAGGGAGUGAGACACCUACAGUGAACAGUUUAAAAUAUGCCAUUGUUGUGGGUUUGGGGUGUAUGUGUGUGUGUGUCUAAAUGUGUAAGUAAGAACACUGCAGAUUUGCCAUCCAGUGUGAGAGUCCAAAAUGAAAUCAGGAGAAAAGGGAUGUAUUAUUCAUUUCUUCCCACUUUGGUAUUGCUGAGUUGAUUUGAAAAUAUCAGGAGAUGGAUGUAUUGUUUCAUUGGCUGGCAUCUGUAUCAUACACUUUUGGGGUUUUGUUGCAUUUAGAUGUUUAUCUCCAUAGUUAAGGUUACUGUAGCCAACCACAGGAAAGCAAACUGCAUUAAAACAAACGUCUUCUCUUUCUGGGAUGGGGGAAGGUAGAUUAUUCCCUGAAAAAAUUCUCAUGAAGAACUUUUCCAGCAAUGAAUUACUGUAGCAGUUUGAGUAUUUUUUAUGAACUUUAUUAUGAUUUUUUUUUCUCUUGAGAAAGGAGUGCUAGCUUAAGAGGGUUGAAUGCAAACUAAGCCCCAACCUUGCUUCUUUUCUGUUCUUUCUACUUCAUUGUUCUUCCAUGCAACUCAUUUACUCUUGAAAAUCUAUUUCCUACUCUAGUCACCUCCUUGUUACCUUUUUCAUUCUUUUAAUUCAUAUUGUUUAUCUUGAAUUGGCAGUUCUAAAUUCUGGGGAUAUAGGUGAUAUAACUUCGAUAUUUUGGGGAGAUGUGCUUGCACCUUGUUUAUGCUUAUCCAAGGUAAUUUUCAUAAUUAGACUUAAUAUAUUUCACAGAGUUUAAACCAACACUGGCCAGGAAUCCUUGGGAUAAAGAACUAUGAAAGUACAAGAAAACAUCCAUAUAUAGAGUACUUGAACCUCCUUUGUACCUGUCUAGAGGGGAAAAAAUUAUUAAAUUAACCAAUCCAAGUAAGGUGGUUAUAGUCUCAUUGUUUAUAAAGUACCAGUUUUUCCUCCUCCUGUUUUUCCCCAUUUUUCAAUGUACUCAAGAAAACAGAAAAUGUAAUAGAUCAAUCCUAUUUCCUGAGAACCUUUUUUUUUUUUUUUUUUUUGCCUGUUGAAAUGUGCAGGUCCCUUCUCCUUUGAUGGGAGAAAUGGGUAGGUAACUGAAUCUAGAUUGAUUGGAAAGGUUAUGUAAAAAGAAAUUAUAAUAAAAGGGAUACUUUGCUUUUCAAAUUCUUGUUUUCUCUUACCCUAGGUCUAAGGUAUAUCCUAAAUAAAUAUGUAAAGAGAAAUAAAAAUUAUUUCCUGGAA